AUGGAUGACGAGGAGGGGAGACUAUUCCGCUGCAGAAGGACCUGCUGCGAAAUGCUGGAGGACCGCGGAUACUUCAUCCCAAACCAGGAAAAACUGGAGACCUUCCAGGAGUUCAAAGCGAGAUACGAGCUUUACGACAAAGUGCGGUCCAAAAUGUUGCUGGUUGCGUCGCUCAAGACCGAUAAGAACACCAAGCUCCUGGUCUACUUCGCCGACGAAACCAAGAAAACCGGUGUCAAGCCAAUAAGAGAGCUCACGGAGAAAAUGGAGGACCACGACAUUCACAGAGCCAUAUUGGUCACGCAAAACGUGCUAACGCCCUUCGCAAAGGAUGCGAUACUCGAGGCAGCGCCCAGGAAUAUCAUCGAAAACUUCCUUGAAACUGAGCUGCUGGUUAACAUCACGAAGCACGAAUUGGUGCCGAAGCACAUACCGCUCACCAUGGACGAAAAGCAGACGCUACUGCAACGAUACAAGGUCAAAGAGAGUCAAAUACCGCGCAUACAGGCCGCAGACCCGGUGGCGAGGUACUUCGGACUCACAAAAGGACAGGUAGCGGCGCCCAUCAUGUAG